AUGGCUGUCAUCUCAUCACUUCCUGGGGUUGAAGCUGAGGUGAGAGUCAAUGGUGAACGAGCCGAAGAGUACGUGGACAGCAGUCAGGUUGAUACGGACAACACAACGACAAGAUACAUCGAGGCCAUAUCAGGUGCCAGAUUCACUGUCCACUACACUAUUCCAUCUGCUUGCUUCGGUCAAGGGAAGGAUGUUCGAGUCAGAGUUUACGUGGAUGGUGAAAAAGUUGAUGGAAAGAUGCUGCUUUGUAAAAAACACAACAACUUGCGAAAAACAGUGACUAUCAAUGGUGCUUCUUCUUUUCAGGAUGGAAAGUCAACCAUAUCGCCGAUGAUUUUUUCAGACAUCGAUAUUGACAAGCAGGAGACAGCCACCUUGAGCGAAGAGAUGCAAAAACAUCUUAGAUCUGUUGGGACUAUCUGCGUAAGGCUGCACAGAGGGUUAGCCAAAACCCAGGAUCGCCGCAAUAGAACUAUCACGAUGGAUGGAAUUGGCAAGGUCUCAGAGAAAGAUCUCAAAGGAAAGCCGCUAUCUCAUCAGGUCAAGCUUCAAGCACCCUAUAAGCGAAAGGCCAAGAUGUACACACAAACUUUCAUCGCCGGCAGCAAAGAAGACGACCCAUUCGCUAAGUUCACCUUCCGAUACCGAUCAAGGGCUGCACUUCAAGCCGAGUGCAUCAUACCCAGGACGCCCUCACUCAAGCCACUUGAAGAGCGUCCGCUCGAGGAGCUAGACCCAGAUGAGCUUCGGGAGCUUGAGCGAGAUGCAGCGGCCUCUGCCGUCAAAAAUGAAAUCAAGUCGGAGGAAAAUGCCGGCUCCAGCGGGCCCAAGAGGGCCUACGAUCAGUCUGAGUUAGAGGUUGUUGAGACAAGACCGGUGAAGCGUGAGCGCACCUGUGGAUCGGCUCCGGUCGUCAUCGAUUUAUCUGAUGAUUGA